AUGAACAAAAUAGUCACGACGUACGCUCUGUUAGACAGUGGAUCUACCGCUUCAUUUUGCAGUGAUGAUCUCUUGAAAGAAUUAGGUAUAGAGGGUAAAACGUGCCAAAUUCAACUGGCAACUAUUGACGGCGUACAUGAUGAAUGUCAAACUGCUAUGAUGACCCUAGAAGUUGCGAACUUUGAAGAGGAUAUCUGUAUUCAGAUUGACAAUGUUUUCUCAACAAAGAGUCUGAAUAUACCAAGAACAGCGAUUGCUAAGCAAAAGGAUGUAGAUUUGUGGCCACACCUCAAUGGAGUCAUAAUGCCAGAAGUAAUAGCUGAUGCAAAUGUCAACCUUUUAAUUGGAGUAGACACUCCUGAGGCUUUGGAACCUAGCGCAAUUAGAAACAGUGAAGGUGGUGGACCCUUUGCCGUGAAGACUAAAUUCGGUUGGACCUUGAACGGACCACUUGGCAGAGAUAAUGCUACAGGUAAACGUUGCUUUUUCUCUAAAUCGAAUGCUUGUGAUGAACAACUUCAACAGCAACGUCUGACACGUGACCCAGCAUUACGAGUGCGUUAUACAAAUUUCAUUGAUGACCUUCUUGUCAAAGGACAUGCAAGAAAGAUUCCUGAUGCCAAGAAAGGAUGCAGACAAGAUAUCACAUGGUAUCUCCCACAUCACAAUGUAGUGAAUCCAAAGAAACCUGAGAAAACCAGAGUUGUCUUCGAUUGUGCGGCGAAGUUUCACGGUGUAUCGCUUAACAGCAAUAUAUUACAAGGUCCAAAUCUGACAAAUUCUUUGGUAGGGGUUCUUUGCAGAUUCAGACAAGAGCGAAUUGCGCUAGUUGCUGAUGUGGAAUCUAUGUACCACCAGGUAUGUGUAGAUCCUAAGGAUACUGAGGCCUUGAGGUUCUUAUGGUUUCCGGGUGGAGAUUUAUCAAAAGAGCCUGAGGAAUACCAAAUGGUGGUGCAUCUAUUUGGUGGAAUCUGGUCAGCCUGUUGUGCAAACUUUGCUUUGAAAAGAACUGCUUUGGACAAUACCAGCAAGUUUGACCCGAUGGUAACCAAAACAGUUGACAAGAACUUCUACGUUGACGAUAUGCUUAAAUCAGUGAGAAGCACAGAUGAAGCCAUUUGGAUGCAAAGACAGCUGACGGAAUUGCUAUCAUGUGGCGGCUUUCACCUUACAAAGUGGAGCAGUUCAUGUAGAAAGGUACUAGAUUCUAUUCCUCAAAAUGAAAGAUCAAAAGAUUUAAAGCAUCUAAACAUUCAAUAUGACGCCCUUCCUGUAGAGAGAACAUCGGGUUUAGAGUGGAACAUCGAAAGUGACACAUUCAGGUUCAAGAUUAACAGUAAAGAAAGGCCAGCCACACGAAGAGGUAUAUUGAGCAUUAUUUCAUCAAUAUUUGAUCCACUUGGAUUUGUAGCACCCUUUGUUUUGCCUGCAAAAAGACUUCUUCAAGCAUCAUGCAAAGAUCUAGAAUGGGAUAAAGAGAUUUCUGGUGAAAAUCUGAUAAAUUGGAAUCAAUGGUUGGUUCAGAUGCCGAUGCUAGAGAAUUUCCAAAUGAGAAGAUGCAUUAAAGUACCUGAAUUUGGGACUUGUAUCACUCAAGAGAUUCAUCACUUUUCGGAUGCUUCUGAGACUGGUUAUGGCACGGUGUCAUACUUGAGAACAGUGCAUCAAAAUGGUAAAAUCAAAACUGCGUUCUUGUUUGCAAAAUCUCGACUAGCACCAUUGAAACGAAUCACAAUUCCGAGGUUAGAGCUCACUGCCGCUGCCUUGGCUGUAAAGAUCGACACGAUGUUGAAAAACGAGCUAGAAAUCUGCAUACAUAAAUCAAUGUUCUGGACAGACAGUACAUCUGUUUUGAGGUACAUCAACAACAAAGACAAGAGAUUUCAUACGUUUGUUGCGAACCGAAUAACAGUUAUUCAUGAAGGAUCAGAUCCUGAGCAAUGGAGGUAUGUGCCAACGAAAAGCAACCCCGCAGAUGAUGCGUCACGUGGAAUGACAGCAAACGAGCUGCUUCGAAGUGAACGUUGGAUCAGUGGACCGGAGUUUUUGCUACAGACAAGAGACAAAUGGCCAAAAUGUAAUGUCAGCAUUGCGGGGAUCCCUGAAGAUGACGUCGAAGUUAAAAGAUUGGCUCAGUCAAACUCAGUCAAUGUCAAGGUAAAUGAUAUGACAUCAAUGAUUUUCUCACACUUUUCAAACUGGUUUCGCUUGAAAAGGGCUGUUGCUUGGAUCCUUCGAUACAAAUCUUGGCUACUGGAAAAGGUUAAACGAAGCCAGAUGCUCUUAAAAUCUAAAAUAUCUAGACGUAUUGAUGUUGAAGAAAUAAAAGAAGCGGAAGAUGCUAUAAUCAAGUGCGUGCAAAAGGAAUGCUUUGUUCAAGAAUUACAAUGUUUGCAAUCAUCUGAAGGCGUAGUAAAGAAAUCAAGUUCCUUGAGCAGGUUAGAUCCUGUAAUCAAAAAUGGGCUUAUCUGUGUCGGUGGACGUCUCAAGCACGCACCCUAUGAGUAUGAACAUAUGAAGCACCCAGCCAUACUUCCAAAAAGACAUCAUGUGAGCAAUUUGGUCAUUCAGCAUUUUCAUGAAUUAUCCGGACACAGUGGACAAGAAUAUGUUCUUUCCAUCAUCAGAGAAUACUUUUGGAUAAUCCAAGCACGAGUGCCUGUGAAAAAAGUCUGCAGAAGCUGCUUUUCUUGCAAAAGAAGAUCUCAAGCUCCAUGUAAGCAGAAAAUGGCCGACCUUCCAGUGAACAGAGUCACACCAGAUAAACCUCCAUUCACAUUUAUUGGCGUCGACUAUUUCGGACCAUUCCUGGUGAAAAGAGGUCGUGCAACUGAGAAAAGGUACGGUGUUAUUUUUACUUGCCUUACCGUGCGAGCUGUACAUAUUGAGAUUGCCAACAAUCUUGACACUGAUUCAUUCAUCAAUGCACUGAGAAGGUUUAUAGCUAGACGAGGAGUGCCAAAAGAAAUAAGGUCAGACAAUGGAACCAACUUCAAAGGUGGAGAAAAGGAGCUACGGUUAGCGUUACAGGAAUGGAAUCAAGACAAGUUACAAAAAUUUUUGCUACAAAGAGAUAUCGUUUGGAUAUUCAAUCUUCCAUAUGCAUCACAUAUGGGUGGAGUUUGGGAAAGAAUAAUCCGAUCCAUUAGAAAGAUUUUCAAAGCAUUGGUAAAAAUGCAAAUUCUGAGUGACGAAUGUCUGCAAACCCUAAUGUGCGAAGUAGAAGCAAUCCUAAACGCAAGACCGUUGACAAAAGUUUCAGACGAUCCAUCUGACCUGAGUGUCCUAACGCCGAAUCAUCUUCUCCUUUUCAAAACCAGUUCAAAUCUUCCACCAGGUGUGUUCAGUAAACAGGACCAAUAUUGUCGUCGAAGAUGGAAACAGAUCCAGUAUUUGACUAAUGUGUUUUGGCGAAGAUGGUUGAAAGAAUAUUUACCAAUUUUACAAACAAGACAGAAGUGGCAAGGUAUUAAACAAAAUAUUUCCAAGGGUGACAUAGUGCUAGUUGUAGAAGAAACCACACCUCGAAACCUUUGGCCACUUGGAGUGAUCUUAGACGUUAAUGUUGGAAGAGAUGGUUUGGUUCGUUCAGCACUGGUCAAAACGAAGAACACAGAGUUGCUAAGACCAGUAAACAAAUUAUGCUUGCUUGAAGCCCAAGAGCAGAAAUGA